CGCCCUUGUGUUCCGGUUUCUUGUGAAGCCUCUCACGCUCAUCUUCUCGAACCCUUCCCUCGACUCCACUUUAUGAACAGUGCUUCCCCCUGGGGUGGCGGGAGGUCUCCCUUAGAUGGCCUACAUAGGUAUGUGCAGCCCCAAAAUUUUCAAGUUUGUCUUGCGGUAGUAGGAAUUGAGGAAGAAGAUUCAGGCACGUUGAUGCUACCAGGAUGAAAAAAUGCUGUUCUUAAUAGCGCGUUUAGUGAUACGGAAUACAUUUUUUUCUGAACUGGAUUGUUUGUGACUUAGAAAUGCCUGUUGUUUCAAGAAAAUAGCGAGGAAAACACAGGGCUAAACGAAAAAAGCUUUGAAUAUUUCUAAAUAUCCCAUUCGUACUCUUCUUCACUACCUUUAAUCCUCGUAUCGAUUUUUUUUUCUUCCUGCUUCAAAUUGCCGGAGCAAUGAACUUCUCCACUUUCUAUUUUAAAACAGCGAUCCUUGUAACAAAUGGGUAAACCCCGAAAAUUAAAACAAAAUAGUUUAAAGUUUAUUCUACUCUUGCGGGACUUCCAUAUAAAAAGGAAGGGGAUGCUCGUCUAAAAAAAAAAAAAAGAUGAGGGGCGCUAUCAGCUCCCGCCCGCGCCUUCAUGCUCACUCCCAGUCUCCCUAUCGCUCCUUGAGCUGAGAAAAAUAAGAAAAGCCCGUGGAGGAGGCUGUACCUAGAUCCCGUUUGUUGGGUGUGGCUUAAAAUUUUUUUCACCCCUUAAGCCUAAUUAUAAGAGGUACCAAUUCUAAAACAACGCAUUAUCUCCUGUCAUAUUUUUCGGUCCAACACCCUAAAAGGGACCGCAAAAGCUCCUGCGGUGAACCUUUUGAGGUUGAACAUCCUAAGAGGUACAACGAGUACCCCCGUCUCCCCACCCCCACCCCUUAGUGAUAUGCAUUAUUGGCAUGGACUAUCGUAGCAAAGGUACUUCAAUCGUGGUGAGAUCAGGCUGAAAAUUUAAACACUAGGACCAUUGCUUUCCGGCUCUGGCGGUCGCAUAUCUAGUACCCGUUGCUGCUAACAAAAUUCAUAAACAAAAAACAUUGAAACAAAAAAAACCUAACGUACUUUUUCUAGUUAUUCAAUAGUCACCGGUAAAACGGAAUUUAUAGCCCUGUCAUCCCACAACGUAAAUUCAAAGUAGUUGUAACCUGGAAGACUCGUGCCUUGGACGGAGCCCGUGUUUCGCCAGUGUUGUGAGGUUAUCCCGCCCCAGUCACGCCCCAGUCUUUAUUCUAGUGUGGAGGAAUUCCGUGAGAAGGCCGCAGAGACUGGGGCUCGGAGAAAUAAAAUAUGGCGGACAAUCUGACUCGCUGUGCAUGUGACACAAGGAAUUGCAGUUGGUCGUGAAUGGAUCUUUGCGAUCCCGUAAGCAUUAUUUUGGUAACAGCUGGCAGUAGAGGGCAGAGUCUGUUAUUUCGUUAUCCAUUUCUACCACCAUGCCAGACGGAGCGAAGAGAAAAAGAAAUUCCCAAGAAUCGCUUUGCGUUGGGUAAAGUGGAAGAAAAUACUGAUACAAGAAAUUUUUCUGGUAUUAAAGACGGCCACCUGAUUGGUUUCUCAGACAGCACACUAGCAAACAUAUUGUCGCCCAAGUCUGAUGCCUGUGGCACCAAAUUUGAGUUGAAAGUUGAUGAGGUGCUGUUUGUGGGCCAUCCAACCCUGGCACAUGAAAGACAUGACCAUGAAUUCAAGAGAAAUGAUUCCUCAUCAAGGAAAGAUGAUGUGAUAAUGAAGCUCUUCAAUGUUGUCUUUGUUCUUCAGGCAAGUGUGGAACCAUCUGUGGUUCACUGCUAUCAUGACUUGUCAAAGAGAAUAGCAAUUGCCCUAAAACACGAAGAAAUAAGGUACAGUAACUGAUUUACCAGGGAAGUCCACUUAUUAGCUAUAAAUUCAUGGCUAAAACAAACCUUGAUUUCCAGCUUGCCCUUUGGACAGGCGGGUCUCAAAUUUUGGGCAAAUCUUAGUUUACUUUUCUUGAUUAAGUUGGCAGACAACUUGCCUGGGCUCUUGCCUAGAGGGCAAGUGAGCUCAGGAUGAAAGGUCACUUGCCCUGCAGGAAAGUCUACUUGUCCCAGAUGACCAGACGGCACGUUUUUGAGCACUGUAUAUUUUAAAUGAUUCUUUUUGCAUAAAAGCCAUAACACAGCAUUCAACCAGUUGCAUUCCUGAUCAGAAGUACUUCUGGCUUUCUGCCAACAAAUUGUCUUCAAAUG